CGAGCAGAGCGGAGGGAGCGCGGCCUCUGCCCGGCGCGGAGGCUCCGCGGGCCGGCGGUUCCGAGCUCGCCGCAGCGGUGGCGCCCUCAGAGCGGCUGGACAGGCCCCGUCGCGCCAUGCCCGCGGGCUGAGCGCCGCCGCCGUAGGGCCUCGUCCCGCCUCCCGUGGGGGCCGGGUGCGCCCAGGCCGGGGCCCCGGCGGCCGACCAUGGUGCUGCCGCCCCCGGACCGGCGCCACGUGUGCCUGACCACGCUGGUGAUCAUGGGCAGCAUGGCCGUCAUGGACGCGUACCUGGUAGAGCAGAACCAGGGCCCGCGCAAGAUCGGCGUGUGCAUCAUCGUGCUGGUGGGCGACGUGUGCUUCCUGCUGGUGCUGCGUUACGUGGCCGUGUGGGUGGGCGCCGAGGUGCGCACGGCCAAACGCGGGUACGCCAUGAUCCUCUGGUUCCUCUACAUCUUCGUGCUGGAGAUCAAGCUCUACUUCAUCUUCCAGAACUACAAGGCGGCGCGGCGAGGCGCGGCCGACCCGGUGGCGCGCAAGGCGCUGACGCUGCUGCUGUCGGUGUGCGUGCCGGGCCUCUUCCUGCUGCUCGUGGCGCUCGACCGCAUGGAGUAUGUGCGCACGUUCCGCAAGCGCGAGGACCUGCGCGGCCGCCUCUUCUGGGUGGCGCUGGACCUGCUGGACCUGCUGGACAUGCAGGCCAAUCUGUGGGAGCCGCCGCGCACCGGGCUGCCGCUGUGGGCCGAGGGCCUCACCUUCUUCUACUGCUACAUGUUGCUGCUGGUGCUGCCGUGCGUGGCGCUCAGUGAGGUCAGCAUGCAGGGCGAGCACAUCGCGCCGCAGAAGAUGAUGCUCUACCCCGUGCUCAGCCUCGCCACCGUCAACGUGGUGGCCGUGCUGGCGCGGGCCGCCAAUAUGGCGCUCUUCCGUGACAGCCGCGUCUCGGCCAUCUUCGUGGGCAAGAACGUGGUGGCGCUGGCCACCAAGGCCUGCACGUUCCUCGAGUACCGUCGCCAGGUGCGCGAUUUCCCGCCGCCAGCGCUCGCGCUGGAGCUGCAGCCGCCGCCCCCGCAGCGCAACUCCGUGCCGCCGCCCCCGCCGCUGCACGGUCCGCCUGGCCGCCCCCGCGGGCCCUCGCCCACGCGUGACGCCCUGGGCACGUGACAGGGCCCGCGCGGCUUGCAUGGGAUGGGGUGGGGGCGGGCUCCCCACAGGGCUCGGGGCCCGCGGCCGCUUCUUCAUCUCAGGAAUCCCUUGGACCGUGGACUCGCAGCCCCGCUUCCGCAGCGCGUGGGCCGGUGUGUGCUUGGCCUGGGCGCGCCCCUCCUGUGGGGGCCUGGGGCAGGAGGGAGGACAGAGCGGGCGGAGGUCUGGUCCCUUGGGGGUCCCUUGGUGGGGGCCUCUGGCUCAGAGUUUGGGGCCAGGGAGGCCGCUGUCAUUUUAAAGA